AUGCACUUUCUUCAUCUUCUUAACCAUACUGAGGAUUCUGGUAAGUUGGGUUUCAUUGGUUUGACCAAUGAAAUUGAAACUGGUAUCUAUAAUUUUCAAUAUUUUGAAUACAAUGACAAACAUGAGUCGACAACACCAAUCGAUAGAAUUGGAAAGAUUAUGUUAGACCCUCUAUUUAUGGAAUCUGCCUUUGUUGGUUCCUGUAAUGGGUUGGUAUGUCUUUCUCAGUACACGGGUUAUCUUGAAGUAAAAACAUAUAUAUGUAACCCCAUCACGAAAGAAUAUGUUAUGCUUAACAUCAAGACUGAUCGUAUAUGUUGUAUUUGGACGAGUGGAUUCGGUUACAUUUCUUCUGCAAAUGAGUACAAAGUUGUAAGAGUAUAUUUCUUGCAGAAUAUGUCUUAUGAAGCCUACAUAUACGCUCUAGGCAGUGGCAAUGGAUGGAGAAGCCUUGGAACUCUCAGUUUUAAAUUCGAUCAUUUGGAACAAGGUACCUUUGCCAAUGAAGCUCUUUAUUGGCCACACUAUGAAUUAAAUAUCAUCAUUACCUUAGAUUUGGUCGAAGAAAAGUUUUGUGAGCAUCUUUCAUUUCUUCCUUCGCCCGGUAAUUAUGAUAGAAUUGGGGUUUUGAUUGGGUUUUUGCUUCUUACUGCUGAUGUAGGUGUGGAAGAAGCCAUAUCUCAUGAUAUAUGGCUAUUGAAAAAGAAGAAUAACAAUCAUGACUUGAAAGCACGAGAGGAACAUCAUUCAUUGGUUUGGAGUAAAGAGUUUAGGGUUGACGAUGGCGAAUUAGUAGUUGUUACAAAGAGUGGUGGUGUUUUAACUUACAUUGAUAACUACCUCAACAUUUAUGACCCAAAAGCUUUUACCUAG